CUCUCGCCAUGGCCAGCCCCACAGAUAACAACGAGGGCUUCUUCUCAGAUGUCAGGAAGGUGGGUUACUUGCGCAAACCCAAGAGCAUGCAUAAACGCUUUUUCGUGCUGAGGGCAGCCAGCGAGUCUGGACCCGCCCGGCUGGAGUAUUACGAGAAUGAGAAGAAAUGGAGACACAAGUCGGGGGCCCCCAAGCGCUCCAUCCCAUUGGAGAGCUGCUUCAACAUCAACAAGCGGGCUGACUCCAAGAACAAGCACCUGGUGGCCCUCUACACCAAGGACGAGCACUUUGCCAUCGCAGCUGACAGUGAACUGGAACAGGAGAGCUGGUACCAAGCGCUGCUGCAGUUGCACAACAGGGCCAAGGGCCACCACCACCUCCACCACCAUCAUCAUCACCACCACAGCGAUGUCACCUUCGGGGGCAGCAGCGUGGGGCUGGGGGAAGCAGGUGAGGACAGCUAUGGCGAGGUAGCCCCUGGCCCGGCUUUUAAGGAAGUUUGGCAAGUAAUUCUGAAGCCUAAGGGGCUAGGCCAGACAAAGAACCUGAUUGGCAUCUACCGCCUGUGCCUGACUAACAAGACCAUCAGCUUUGUGAAGCUGAAUUCAGAUGCGGCUGCUGUGGUGCUGCAGCUGCUCAAUAUCCGCCGUUGUGGACACUCUGAGAACUUCUUCUUCAUCGAGGUGGGACGCUCGGCGGUGACCGGGCCUGGGGAGUUCUGGAUGCAGGUGGAUGACUCGGUGGUGGCGCAGAACAUGCAUGAAACCAUCCUGGAGGCCAUGCGAGCCAUGAGUGAGGAAUUCCGACCCCGCAGCAAGAGCCAGUCCUCUUCCAACUGUUCCAACCCCAUCUCCGUGCCCCUUCGUAGCAGGCAUCACAUCAACAACCCUCCACCCAGCCAAGUGGGGCUCAGUCGCCGGUCCAGGACCGAGAGCGUUACAGCCACCUCCCCAGCUGGCGGUGGGGGUGGAGGUAUGGGUGGCAAACCCAGCUCUUUCCGGGUCCGCGCAUCCAGCGAUGGGGAAGGUACAAUGUCAAGGCCUGCCUCAGUGGAUGGUAGCCCAGUUAGCCCCAGUGCCAACCGGACCCACUCACACAGACACCGUGGCAACUCCAGGCUCCAUCCUCCGCUCAACCACAGCCGUUCCAUCCCGAUGCCUUCCUCACGCUGCUCUCCGUCAGCCACCAGCCCAGUCAGCCUGUCGUCCAGCAGCACCAGUGGCCACGGCUCCACAUCGGACUGCCUGUUUCCACGAAGGUCCAGUGCUUCAGUUUCUGGCUCCCCUAGUGAUGGCGGAUUUAUUUCUUCAGAUGAAUAUGGUUCUAGCCCGUGUGACUUCCGCAGCUCUUUUCGCAGCGUGACCCCGGAUUCACUAGGACACACCCCACCAGCUCGGGGCGAUGAAGAGCUCAACUACAUCUGCAUGGGAGGGAAGGCCGCCUCAUCCUGCUGCAGCCUGGCAGCUCCCAAUGGCCACUUCAUCCCACGUACUUGCCACCUGCAGCAGCAGCCCCGCUACCCCAGCACAUCGUGCUGUCCCCGAGCCAGUAGCGAGGACGUUGCCGACUUGGACAAGGCAUUCAGGAAACGGACUCACUCUGCAGGCACUUCACCCACCAUCUCCCACCAGAAGACACCCUCGCAGUCUUCGGUGGCCUCCAUUGAGGAGUACACAGAGAUGUUGCCUUCUUACCCUUGCGGCGGCAGCCGGCUGCCCUCCUACCGGCACUCAGCCUUUGUGCCCACUCACUCCUACCCUGAGGAGUGUCUGGAGAUGCACCACCUGGAUGGCAGCCACCAUCGGACCAACUCUGCCCCACACACGGAUGAUGGCUACAUGCCCAUGUCCCCUGGCGUAGCCCCCAUGCCCGGCGGUGGGGCUGCCCCCAAGGGCGGUGACUACAUGCCCAUGAGCCCCAAGAGCGUGUCGGCCCCGCAGCAGAUCAUCAACCCUGGCAGAGGGGGCCGCCACCCUCCAGCCACAGUGGACUCCAAUGGCUACAUGAUGAUGUCCCCCAGCGGCAGCUACUCCCCGGACAGCGGCUCUGCGGGCUACGGCAAGAUUUGGACGAACGGUGCCGGCCACCACCCGAAGCUCUCUGUGGAGAGCAACGAAGGGAAGCUGCCCUGCGGUGGCGGUGACUACAUCAACAUGUCCCCAGCCAGCGGCUCCACCACCAGCACGCCGCCCGACUGCUACUUCGGGGCGGCGGGGCAGCCGGGCGUCGAGGAGACGACCGCCGCGGCCCACCACAAGCCCAUCUACUCCUACUUCUCGCUGCCGCGCUCCUUCAAGCACGUGCACCGGCGGGGCGGCGGGCCGGUGGGCGAGGAGGGCAGCCCCCAGCCCCGCGUGGCGCUCGGCUCCGGCCGCCUCCUCUACGCCGCCGAGGACUCGUCCUCCUCCACCAGCAGCGACAGCCUGGGCGGCCCCGGCGGCCCCGAGGGUCCCGCGCCGCACUCGCAGCCCCCGCGCAAGGUGGACACGGCCGUGCAGACCAAGGGCCGCCUGGCGCGACCCACGCGGCUGUCGCUGGGCGGCCCCAAGGCCAGCACCCUGCCGCGGGCCCGCGAGCAGCCCCCGCUGCUGCCGGCCCCGGAGCCCAAGAGCCCCGGCGAGUACGUGAACAUCGAGUUCGUCCCCGGGGACAAGCCGCCUUUUCCCUCGGCCGCCCCGGGGCUGCCGCGGCCGCCGGGCGGGGAGGCCGCCGAGGAGUACAUGAACAUGGAGCUGGGGCCGCCCCGCGCCCCCCUCAGCCCCGGCCGUAACCAGAGCGCCAAGGUGAUCCGCGCCGACCCGCAGGGCGGCCGCCGGCGGCACAGCUCCGAGACCUUCUCGUCCACGCCGAGCACCGCCCGCGGUGCGGCGGGCGGCGGCGGCCCUGGGGCGCCGUUCUCCUGCGGCGGCGCGGGGGGCGCCGAGGAGGUGAAGCGCCACAGCUCGGCCUCCUUCGAGAACGUGUGGCUGCGGCCCGCCGCCGGGGAGCCGCCCGCCGGGGGCCGGGGGCCGGGAGCCGCGCUGGAGAACGGACUCAACUACAUCGACCUGGACUUGGUGAAGGAUUGCACCAACCGCCGCCACCACCUGCACCCCCCCGCGGAGGGCGCCUCCGGGCCGGGGGGGAAACCGCCGCAGCCCCGCUCCCCGCGCGGGAGCAGCCACUCCAGCGACGACCUGAGCGCGUACGCCAGCAUCAGCUUUCAGAAGCGGGAGGAGCCUUAGGAGCCGGCCGGGAAGAAUGAUGACCUAUACAACCUCAGCAAAUCCUUCUUUUAACUCAUGGGUAUCAAGACUCUUACAUGUUUCAUGUUACCACAACUAGGACCUCACCUCCUCCUCCUCCUCUUCCUCUGUAAAUGGGUACGAUGCAUCCAGUUCAGUUUGUUUACUUUACACAAACCUCAGGAGUUAGUUGACUGAGCUGCACAUCCUGUGUUGUGCCAAGCAGAAGCACUGUGACACCUGGACAAUGAGUCUCUUUUACUUAAUCCUCUACCGUAAGGACUUAGCUGGCCACAGUGAACUGAUGUGCCCACCACUAUGUCAUGGUGAGAAUGGGUAUUUUACUAGCACAUUUACACAACUUCAUUUGCUGCUGAAAACCUGUAUGACAAAUCAUCCUUGUAAAUUAUUACAUACAAAACUUAAUGUUGGUUGAAGAGUAUUAAAUAUUUAACAUAGGUUUUGAUUUAUACAUGUACUUUUUUAAUUAAAAUGUAACUUUUCCUACAGCACAUCUUUUUUGAUGUGGAACUGAGGUAUACUAUAUUCUGUUGUAAACAGAGUGGGAAACCUGCUUAAAACAAGGCUUCUAAGAAUAGAGUAGGGUACUAUUCUUGUUUUAAGAUUGUAAUUCAGAAAAUAAUAUAAUACAAGUCAUUGGUCCCUGGGCCUUGAUUGUACAGUCAUAUUUACUGAUACUAUCAGUUGUAAAAUAACCCUGGUGUUGAGCUGAUUUCUUUCCAGAAGAAAAGUAAUUUUGUACUCCUUGUAAAAUAAUAAUCUGUAUUAACUACAAUGAAGACAAAUUUUACUGUACAUGAUAUUUACAAGUGUCAACUUGAAUUCAUCAAUUGCACAGAAACUGACAAAAAAUCAGAGAAAAAGAAAUCAAAGUCUUCCAUUGUAUAUAUUGUAAAGAAUAGGAAAAAAAAAACAUCCAACAGAAAACCACAAAAGAAAAUGAAAACAAAAAAGGGUGAACUUUUCAAAUUAACUCUUUCCCUGGAAUGAAAAUGUGGGUGUUUGUAAAUUCUGGAAAUCUCUUUCUAUAUGUAAUAAACUAGAUACUGUUUUAUCUGC